AUGGUCUUACCACAUAACAUAAAUGCUCUAGCUGCAGGGCUUCGGACGACCCUGACAUCUGAACAAACAAACCACCCAACAAACUUUGCUGGAGAGCAAAGAACCGCCACCCACCUCCCCACAGGUUUAUUGCCAAACCACUGGACAGGCUCACUGAGAACUCUCUUUACAUGUGAGCCAACACCCCAGAGGCAGACUGCCCCUUACUGCUGUCCACACAGCCUCCACCCUUAAUUUCGAGGGAGGUAGCAAACAAAGAGAAACAAAACACAACCACAAACAGACCCGUACCAACAAUAGGCAAGGAGAGACGACACGCUCUCGACACCAACCUACACAAACACUUCACGACCGCAGAAUAUCAACCAGAGCAUAUAUAGCUCCCCUGCGUGCCCCCAGCGGUGAACGACUAAAGCGACCCGGUGGGCAUGCGCUGGCGACCACUUGGCCCCCGUAACCGCCUUCCCCGCUUUCCGCCCUCCUUUUUUUUCUCUUUCUUUUCUGAGCCCUCCCUGCGCAGCUGCCCGCACCAGGAUGCACCCCCCCCCAGCCCGGCACCACGGUUGGACACCGGAGACGACCCCAACCGGCCCUCAAACUCCUCACGAUCAAUGCCAAGGGACUCAACUCCCCACAGAAGCGAGCAAGGGCAUUGAGAGAACUGAAAGCCCUACAUGUAUCCAUAGCGUUCUUCCAGGAAAUCCACUUCAAAACUGACAAGUGGCCCAAGUUCUCGAACAAACACUUCCCGCUGAGUUUCCACGCCACCAACCCGGACUUAAGAACCAAAGGGAUGGCGAUACUUUUUUCAGUCGAAGUUCCGUUCCAACUGGAAGAAGAACUUUCAGACCCCAAUGGUAGAUACCUCUUCCUGAAGGGCACAAUCCAUGCCACACGCUUUACCUUCGCCAAUUUAUACCUCCCUAACAGGGGACAAAACAUUUCUUAAGAAAACCCUGACAACCCUAGACCUCUUCAGCGACGGAAUACUAAUUCUCGGGGGAGACUUUAACACUCCGCUGGAUCCGAGACUAGACACAUACGCAGGCCACUCAACCCUUCCAGACCACGUACUCAGAGGCAUGCGAACCACCCUGCAUGAAUUCCAAAUGUCAGACUGCUGGCGCACCCUGCACCACACAGAGAAAGAUUACACGUACUAUUCCCCACCUCACAAUUCGUACUCAUGCAUAGACUACUUCUUCCUCUGCCACCGCCACCUAGAUGACCUCCUCUCCACGACAAUAGCCCCCAUGUCUUGGUCGGACCAUGCUCCGGUCAUUAUCACAAUAACCUCUCCAACCCCAUACCAGAAACAAUGGACCUGGAGACUAAACGAGUUGCUGAUAGAAGACCCCCUAAUCCAGACUGAGGAACAAUCCCACAUAGACCACUUCUUUCGAACAAACAGCACACCAGAAUCCACUCCGGACAAGGUGUGGGAAGCACACAAUUGUGUGAAACGCGGCAUUCUGAUUCGACAUGGCGCACAACGCAAAAAACAACGCACGCAAGAAACAGCAAACCUUUUGCGGAAAGUGGCGGAUUUGGAAAAACAGCACAAAGCCAUGCUCAAUGACAACACCUACGCGCAACUAAUCGCGGCGAGAGCAGCACUGAACUCCCACCUCUCCCACUGGAUCACCUUCCAAUACAGACAAGCCCAGAAGACCUUCUACGAAUUCGGCAACAAGAGUGGCAAACUACUGGCGAAGGCCCUAAGGAAAGCCAGACAAAAAUGCUUUAUUUCAGAGAUCAAACUCAACGGAGCUACCCGCCACACUCCAAAGGAGAUAGCGUUAGGCUUCCGACUGUACUACAAAUCCCUGUACCACCUCCCUAGCUAG